AUGAUCAAGCCUCUUCACAUCCUCCAAUAUAAUACGAAUCGAUUUAAAGACAAGGUGAUGGCACAGUUCCUCCAGGACCCUGUGGUCCUAGAGGCUGACCUCAUCUUUGUGCAAGAACCUCCGGAGAACCCCUACCAGGAUACCACCUACCAUCCUGCCAACGGCUCCCACCAGCUCCUAUACCCAGAUUCGACCGAGAUAGGGGACGAGCGGGCCCGCUUGCUGGAACUGACGGAUACGAGGUACCUGGACCUCUGGCUAGAGCCAGGCACUACCACGUGGGAGCGCAACGGAAACAGAACCACUAUCGAUCUAGUCCUCCUAACCCCCAGGCUCGUUGCCUGCGAGGUCAACGAGCGAGUCCACGCAGAUUCGGACCACUAUCCCAUACGAACUCUUCUGGAUAUCAGCACUGAAACCCCUGAGGCACAGCGACGAAAGAACUGGAAAACCUGUAGUGUCAAGGACCUGCAGAGCUUCGUGGACCUUAACCUACAGAGUAAGGCCUUUCCCUUACAAACGAAGCAGCAUAUUGAGCUCGCUAUAGAAUACCUUAUCGAGACAGUCAACCAAGGAAUCGCUACCUCUAUCCCGUGGGCGAACCCUUCAUUCAAUGCGGAAUGUCGCAAAAUGGUCAAGAUCACCCAGAAAUUCUGGCGUAAUUAUACAGAAUCAGUUAUUUCGAACAGCCCUACCGACCUUACUACAGGCCUCCGGCAGGCGCCUCCCGAUAAAAUACUAGGGCCGGAUGGCAUCCCUAACAAGGUCUGGCACUGGCUGAUACUGCGUAAAAUACUCUCCCGGGAUUAUUGCCUCGCCAAAUCCUACCGACCUAUAGCGCUCCUGAAUACCUUCGGUAAGAUCCUGGAGGCCGUGGCUACAGUACGGAUCGCCUGGGCCCUGAAAGAGCGUAAUCUCCUACCUAGAAGCUAUCUAGGGGGCCGCAGGGGCAUCUCAGUCGACUACCUGAUCCAGUUGCUCCUUGACCAGAUCUUUGAGAACUGGGGCAAGGGCCAAAAGGUCAGUAUGUUACUCUUAGACGUAGCUGGCGCCUUCGACAACGUUUCGCAUAUACGGUUCCUCCACAAUCUACCUGCCCAUCAAGGACCACGCAACCAGCUUAUCAUCAAGCCGGUGAAGCACGCCAAAUACUUAGGAAUCUGGCUCGAUAGGACCCUUUCGUUCGACACUUACAGGGUUAAGACCCUUGCUAAGGCGAACGGGACUUUGGAAGCCCUCCGCAGCAUCUCAGGCUCGACCUGGGGGACCUCCCUGCUGAGCAUGCGCCGCAUCUACCUGGCAGUGGUAGUCCCCUAG